UAAUAUUCAAGAUAUAUAAGAGCGACGGGUGGACGUGUAGCUACGUCGGGGACGCUAAGGUAUAAUCCAUAAAAUGUCUCCCCGGGUUUUUGACCCCUGUUAGACGCCGACCUACUGCCGGAUGUCCGUUCGAUGACUAACGAUUGUCCGUUUGUUUGGUCCAAACAUCGCUACGUGACAGGACCGGUUCAGGUAGCGCCAAAACAGAGCUGCGCUGCGCAGGGGAGCAUUUCAGGCAACUUCGGGAACAAGGACAACACACUCUGCAGGGUACUUGACAGGCACUUAUUACUAUGGUAACUACACAGUCAUUUUGUUGUCGAGCCGCGUCACCUACUUGAAAUUCGAUACUAAGGAUCAAAUAUUUGUCAGCAUACUCCGAGUAAGGAACUGUCGAGAAAGCCAUGACAGCGUGGCUACCAUGUUGAGGCCGUGUACUGCAAGCUCCUGUACCUAUCUAAACGUUGUGAAGAAAUGUCGUCAAAAUCGAAAGAAUCUAGAAGAAGUCGUAGUAAGUCGAUGUCGCGAAAGCAGUCUUCGAAACGCGCUGAAGAGGAGCAAAGACUGCGCACACCUGACACGCAUGUCGCCCUCUCCACUUCCCAGGGUUUUCUGGAAGAUUUGGAGACAGUAGACCCAUCAGAUGGCUCACGUGGUGGAGAACAAUUUACGCCCGGUCAUCGGGAUGUUCUCGAGAAGAGCGCCACCCUUCCCGCCAUUGACGUCAACAUGGACAGCCUGAAGCAGCGGGUUCGGCGGUACCGUGAGGACAAGGGCCGUCCCAUGAACGGGAUACAUGUCAAGCUGCCCUCCGUGCGGAAAACAUGCGCCAGGCACCGCGAGGACAGCCUGGAGCUAGCACUGUACUGUGAGACGUGUAAGGAGUGUAUGUGUUACAAGUGCGCCCUGGCAGCGCACAAGGAUCACAACGUAGAGCCGGUCAGCACAGCAGCCAAGAAGAAAAAGGAAAGGCUCUUAACCAGGCGGAACGCUCUGAGUGAGAUGGUGGAGAAAUCGUCACAGCAGUUAGGGGUGGUGGAGGAAAAAUGCAGAGAGGCUAAGGUUAGGAUUGAAUCCGAGAUCCUGGGCCUGAUGUCGACUAUAGACAGACGGCAGCAGAUGUUAUUCCGUCGGCUGGACAAGGAUAAACAGGCCAAAGAGGAAUACAUCCAGGAACAGAUGACGCUCUGUGGUCAGGAAGUCGGUCUCAUAGACCGGGCUCUCUGCAAGGAGGAUUCAGUGGAGAUUCUGGAAGUAGUCGGAUCGAUUGAAACAGGCUUGAGAAGCCGACUGAGGCAGAACCCGUCCGACCUGGCGUCGUUUGACCACCUGAAGCUGGACCUGUCCGAGCAGCAGAGAGUGGCGGACAGGAUCAACUUCUCCAGCUCUAACGGAGGACUGUCCCUAGAUCAGCACAUGACCAGGCUAAAACCGAUGGUGCCUUUCAAGUUGGACCCAAAGACGGCCAGCAAGAAGCUGCGUAUUCUGAACGGAGGCAAACAGGUGGAGUACCGGGAGCACAUCCCCGAGCCCGUCGGGUCACGGCGCGGCCUGCACACUGUCAUGGGCAACCUGCCCAUCACAACCGGCAAGCACUACUGGGAGGUCUCCGUGAACAGGAGCCUGGACUACCGUAUCGGCAUCUGUUACAAGACGGCAGACGGAGCCCCUUCCGCCGCGGGUGAGGACAAGAACUCCUGGGUCCUGUGUCUGGGCUACCCGAACAGGUUCACCGCCAUGCACUACCACAAACGCGUGCUGGUGUUCUCACCCUUCUACAGGAGUAGAAUCGACGGGAUCCGGAAAAUCGGCGUACACCAGGACUAUGACUUGGGCUACCUGGCCUUUUUUUCGGCGAACUCCGGGGAGAGAAAGUUGUUCUUGUACGCGUUUCACGCACAGUUCGAGAAGCCGACAUACCCGCUGUUCUAUGUCGGACAGGGAAAGCUGACCAUUCACACGGGUCUAAGUGUUCCCAAGGACCUACCUACCUCAUGACUCCAACUUGGACCAAUACAUACAACACAGGUAGUGCACGGACAACCGGUACAGCCUGUAGGACUGCAUGCUGUAUCAUACUUCAUUGGCUUCUUGAUAAUAGUCAGGAAAAGCAUGCUACGUACAGUACUUGAUACACACACUGUGUUAGACAAAGUUGUCAUGGCAUGCAGAGAGUGCCACCCACCACCAAAAUUAUGAAAUUCCAUUCACUAAUUUCUAGCAUUGUUUUUAAAAAGAAACGCUGGUAAAAAUAGCCCAUCGGCGAAGGUAACCAGCUUUAAUAGGUUCACUGAAUUGUCAUCUUUCAACGUUGAAAAUAAUUGCUUGGUUAAUUUGUCUCAGUACGUCUAGGUCACUGCCGUCAGCUGCUCCAUGCAUGAUCGGUUCGGAACAAAAAUUUCUUUAACGUAACGUUACUCCGUUUCUUCUUAGAAAGAAGAGAGUAAGUGUGUACGAUUUGGCAAACCUGUUCAAGUUCGCUUUUAUGGACUCCGGAAUUUCGGUGUAUCUACUGAACUUCAUGGUCGGAUCCAUUUAUAAGGAGUACCCGUGGUCACGAAUUGUUUCGACUUUGAAUAAUGAGAAUGACGUACAUUGGAACACACAGGAUGAUUUCAGUGCAUCAAGGUCCCGAAAUGUAAUAUUUUCUCACUCCUAUGCUUCACUAUUGCGUGACCAAGUGUAUGAUUGAGUUGGAUAUGUUGUGAAAACGCCAAGACUGCACAUGAAAAGGGUGCCUACCUAUGUUUUGCGUCAAGGGCCCUCCAGAACUCUCAUCGCGAUGUUGUCGAUCGAAGUGUUGGAGUUGUGAGCACUCUAGCAUGCUGUGUCCUUCAACGAUUUUAUUUUACAUUGCGGGGUCAACACACUGAUUGUUAGUUAUUCUAUUUCCUUAAAAUGACAUCUUAUUCUUCAAGAAGUGCCGUUGAACUGUCAUCUAUUUGAUAGUAACAGAAGGAAGGUGAAACAGGUGUCUAUUGGUGUUACGUUACAUAACCCAGUUGUUGUGUAACUGCUGUGUAUCAUGAAGUGUUUUGUAAUGCUGUCCAAAACUGCUGUGCUGAUAUUUAUAAUAAACUGCCACAACCUUACAAAACUACAUUCAUUCACCAGACCAUAGCCCAGGCUUUUGUACCUAUCGAUAAUCAAUACCAUAUGUGCACACCAACGACGUGCAUCUUAGCCAGUUCAACUACUAGCAAUAUGCGAAAGUAUGUAAGAAAGCAUGUUUGCCGUCCAGCCUGAAUAAAUCAAUACAACUAAAACUGACAUACAAAGUGUCUUACCUCCAUCAAUACCCUGCCCUGAUCUACAAAGAAACCUGUGAGUCAUAUGCUAUUCAGGUGACUCAUAGUGUUCCUUUCACGGACAUAGUCAUGCAC